AUGACAACUAACGGCGCGUCUGAUGCCGACGAGAAAGUGACUGAAAACGUCAAGGAUGGUGUAAUUGACUUGGAGGAGCAACCGGGAGCUGACGUGGACGGAAAGGCUGACGUGGACAAUGUGGAUAAGGGCGAUGAAUUUGACCUAGAUGGUGAACCUGAGGAUGUGGACGGAUCGUCGGGAAGAGCGGAGAACGCGAGUGUGCCGGGAACAACGGCGGAGGAUGCGGAUCAAGAGAUGGUAAAUGUCGACACCGACGGUCCUGACCCUCAGAUUCCAGGGUACGCCAUUCGUUACGAAAACGUUCGCCGGUCUUUCGCGGACCUGCAAGCGAAAUCGGCGAUGCUCGCGAGCUGCAUCGCGCAGUGGAAAGAGCUGGACGAGUUUUUCGCCGCGAGCGAGGAAAGGCUCCGAAAGCGGGAGCAGGACGUGAGCGAGAGAGAGCGAGCCCUAGAGGAGAAGACGCGGACCGUUACAAAGCAACUCGAUAAGCGAGAGAGUGCGAUCGCGUCUCGCGAAUCUGCGUCGAUGCAGCGAGUGCAGGAGCAGCGAGAUGCAGCUUUCGCUGCUCUUGCGGAGGAGAGGAAGAAAUGGAUGGAGGAGAAGGAGAAGAGCCGUGAGAAGGACAAGGCGGCGAGCGGGAAGGGUAAGGAAGGGAGCGACAAGGCGAGGCGCGAGAGCGAGAGGAAGGAGAGCAGCGACAAGGCUGAGAAGGAUAAGAAGGAGAAGGAGAACGAGAGGGAGAAGGAGAAGGAGAAACUAACGGAAGAGAAGAAAAAGGAGGAGGAGAAGGAGAAGGAGGCGGGCAAGAUUAAGGAAGAGGCUCGAUCUGAAGGGGACAAGGAAAAGGACAAGGCUUCGGCCUCAGCCCGUGCUGCGCGCGCGGCCAGUGAAGACAAGUCGUCUGGAAAGCAAGCUGGCACCGAGGCUCCUGCUAGCGAGCCCGCCAGUAACGGAGUGGCUACAGCCGCCAAUACAGCCGAGCGCGCUACGGCUACCCCUAAGGACGCCAAGUCCGACAAGACCCCGCGAUCCGGAGACGAGUCGGGGGAGGCGGCGGUGCGCGUGAGCGCGGAGCUGCGCGGGCUGUGCGCGGGGAUGGACGCGGAGGGGCUGAAGCGCUACGUGAUGCAGAACCGGCGCGACAUUAGCCGCGUGCGCACGGAGCUUCCGCACGCGCUCCCCCUCGCGCUCGACCCCUGCCGCCUGGUCCUCUCCUGCCUGGACUCCUACAAACCCAAGGCCGUCGAAGCGCCGGCGGCCGGCAAGGAUAAGCGGCGCGAGCCCGUCGAGCCCAGCCACGUGCGCGCCGUUUCCCUCCUCGUGGAAACCCUAGGCCAGGUUUUGGCCAAGCAGGCCAAGGCGGAGGGGGUUUCCGUCCCCGUUAUUGCGCCCUCGAUACAGGAGAAGGCGCGGGGGAUUUUGGACGGGUGGGUGAGGAGCGGGGGACCGCUGAGCAAGGCGGAGGAAGCUUCGUCGCUGGACGCGUGGCUGGUGCUGCAGGUGGCGGCGGUUUUUGGCGUGGCGCGGCAGGUGGACGAAGACGCGCUGCUAGGGUUUGUGGCGUCGUCCGCGCGGCGCAAGCAGACGGCGGACAUGGUGAAGGCCAUGGGGAUCGUGGACAAGAUGCCAGUCGUGGUUGAGCGGCUGGUGAAGGAGGGGCGUGAGGUGGACGCCAUCUACCUGGCGCAUGGCGUUGACCUGCUUGACUCUGUUGACCCCGUUGACCUGCUCAAGCGCAACCUGCGGGAAAUCCGCACGCUUGUCUCCGCCAUGACCAAGAAAGACAAGUCGCUGCAGGCUGAGAACGAGGCGACAUCACGUGAAAUCAGCAUGGUGCGAGCCCUAAUCCGCUGCGUCGACGACUGCAAUCUCAAGACUCUUUUUUCAACGGACCACCUCACCAAGCGCAUCGAGCAGCUCGAGAAGAACCGCCAGCUCCGCAAGCAGCAGGCGCAGGUCGCCAAGCGCGCCGCGCACGAGACACGCGUGCAGCAGGCCAUGGCGGCGAAGCGGCAGCGCCUUGCUACCGGCCCUGUGGGAGGCUUUGGUGGUGGCGGUGGUGGUGGUGUCACGGCCUCCGGCUCGAACGCUCAUCACCGGGACGAGCAGGCGCAGGAGACGGAGGAGGAGGAGGUGGUGGGGGGGGGGGGAGGAGGAAGCGGCAGAUACGACCCGCCUCCUCCUAGGUACAGUGGGGGAGGGGGCGGAUACGCAGGCAGGCAGGAUCAAGUGCAGGUGCAGGUGCAGGGGCAGGGGCAAGCAGCGUAUUCACUUGGAGGGGCAGGUAUGGCUGGGGGAGGUGCCAUCUAUGCGACAGCUAGUGGGGGCCCAGGCAGCCUGGGGCAGGAGGUGGUAUAUGGAGUGGGAACCAUGGGGUCAGCGCUUACCUCACCAGGCGCGGGGGCAGGGUUAGGGGGAGGGCUGUAUGCUGCAGGGGGGGUGGGAGGCUUGGGGAAUGGUUUGGGGGGGACGGUGACAUAUUUGACUGAUGCAGGGGCUGGGCCGCAGCUGCUGGUGCAGAGAGGGAUGUAUGGGGGAGAGGUGGGGGCUGCGGGGACGACGGUGUAUUAUGCGGUGCAGGGGGAUCAGGGGCAGGGGGGUGGGGGAGUGGGAGGUGGGGUGGGGGGAGCGCAGGUCAGUGCAGGACAAGCGACGUAUGAUUAUCAGACUGGGUCGUAUGUUGGAGGGGGUUAUCAGGGGGGUUAUGGUAGGUGA